GUAACAAACUUUAAUCAUUAUGGAAGCACCUAUUAUACAUUAUAACCGUGCUGAAUAUAUAGAAACAGAUACUGGUAAUAAAGUCAGUCGAAAGUCAGUUAUUUGUGGUAGUCAGAAUAUUAUUCUCGGUGGAAAAACCAUCAUUCAAACAGAUUGUGUGAUUCGUGGUGAUCUCAGACGUACAGGUGGUGGACACGCUGUUGUUAUAGCUGUUGGUAGAUAUUGCUUACUUUCACAAAAAUCAAUCAUAAGACCACCCUACAAGACAUACAAAGGGAUCUUUAGUUAUUAUCCAAUGAAGAUAGGGGAUCAUGUCACCAUUGGUGAAGGAAGCAUAGUAGAAGCAGCAACGAUUGGAUCUCAUGUUACUAUCGGAAAGAAUUGUAUCAUUGGUCGGUUCGCCAUUAUCAAAGACUGUUGUUGUAUCACAGAUAAUACAAUUAUCCCACCCAAUACAGUGGUACCUUCAUUUAGUGUUUAUUCUGGAUCUCCAGGCAAAUACCAAGAUGAAUUGCCCGAGUGUACUCAAGAACUGUACGAAAAUAAAACCAAAGAUUAUUAUGCUAAAUUUAUGCCUAAAGACUAGUAAUAAAAGAAUACCCAUCACAUCACUAUAUGCCUC